AUGGAAGCCUCGUUCGAACCAACAUUAUCUUACUCCAAGUUGAAACCUGACGAUUGUGUCAUAUGCUUGCGUGUCAUACAACCAUCAAGAAAGGCCAAAAUAUAUGGAUGUUUGCAUGCUUUUUGCUUCGAAUGCAUCAAAGAGUGGGCUAAGAAAAUACGUUCCUACUGCCCAAUUUGUGAUCAGGAAUUCAGUUACGUGCUUCACAACCUACGUGAAGAUGGCCACAAUGAUGAAAAUAAUUUUCCUGGAGAUUUCUACUUGGUGGAGUACGCGCAUGUUAAUGUUUUGAACGACGACGAUGAAGAAGCUGAAAAUGACAAUAGAAUACAAUCAAAUGACAAUGAGGAAACAGUGCAUUCAAAGGAUGAUAGAGCACUUUCGGAUGAUGAUGACGACGAAUCAAAAGAAAGUAGUCGGAACAUCAGCGAUAGAGAAUUGGAUGAAUUUUGGGAUAAUUUUGGCGACCUAAGCAAAAAUUCCGCAUUGUCGGAUUCAGAAAAUAAGAAAAGUGACAGAAAGAGUUAUCAACAAAACUGUAAAAAAAAGGAUAGUAUUGGUGAUGGUGAUGGAAAGAGAAGCGAAGAAGAUAAGAAAGAUGAUAGUGAGGAUGAUGAAGAUGACGAAAAAGAUGAUGAUGAUGAUAAUGAUGAUGAAAGUGAUGACAGCGACGAUUCAGGCAACAAAAACGUUGAAGCGACCAUGAACGUGAAACGAAAGGCUGACGACGACGAUGACGAAAUGAAUGAAUUAACGAAGAAGUUCGGCAGAUUUGAGUUCACUGAAUAA